AUUCCGACGGAUCUCGGCGCCUCUCGCUCCCUUCCGACCCCACGACAAGACUUGUAAUCAUAAUAACGGGAACUGUGACUAGACUGCGCCUUGAAUCGUUCAUUUAGGGGCCAGGCAAUUCAGCCUAUAAUUGGCUUUCACGAUGGAGGAACCAGCGACGUAAAAGUUCUAUAUAUGGGACACACCUGCUUGUUCCCCUUCCUCGCACCUACGCGAGCAUUCAAAUAACAUCGCGACCCGGGUAGUCGUCACACAUGACUAUAAUGAUGUCUUUCGUCACAUUGUGCACCGCCGUGUGGGCAUUCUCUGUCGCAAAAACAAGCCUUGGCUUUGAAUUACAGUCAUGUCGGACAUCUCAAGUCAACGCUUUUCGGUCUGAAGACUGACAUCUUAUAGACAACCCUGAUGCGGCGACAAAUUGGUUCUACGCCAUUAGCCAGGCUCACGCUAUCACCUCGCAGAUGACGACCGAGGAGUUGAAUAAUGUGACGUAUGGUGUUGAUAGCGCUUGUUCUGGCAUGAUCGGCAGUGCAAGCCGUGUUGGCUUCGAAGGACUAUGCUAUAAUGACAUUGGCAAGACAGAUCUAGUCAACAGCUACCCAGAAGGCAUCUCCGUUGCUGCGAGUUGGAAUCUCGAACUGGCCUAUGAGCGUGGUCAGCAGAUGGGACUCGAGCAUCGUAAGAAGGGUGUCAAAAUACUAUUGACGCCUGUCGUUGGUCCUGCGGGUCGAGUCGCUUUGGGAGGCAGAAACAUGGAAGGCUUAGGUGCGGACCCGUUUCUAGCUGGGAAGCUUUCGGCUGCUUCCAUCAUUGGCAUUCAGGAAAACGUCAUUUCUUCAGUCAAGCAUUUUGUUGGGAAUGAACAGGAGACAUAUAGGAACCCAUCUGGUGGAAAUAAUGUCUCUGUUUCGUCCGAGAUCAACGAUAAGGAUAUGCACGAGCUGUACCUCUGGGCAUUUCAAGAUUCUGUUGCCGCUGGUGUCGGAUGUAUCAUGUGUUCAUAUCAAAGGGUGAAUGGCACGUAUGCUUGCGAGAAUGAGAACCUCCUGAACGGCCUCUUGAAAGACGAAUUGCAGUUUCCUGGGUUUGUGCUGAGCGAUUGGGGUGCUCAGCAUUCUGGUGUGCCGUCCGCGCUGUCUGGACUCGACGUGGCCAUGCCCAAUUCAGACAAUUAUUGGGCCAAAGGAGCACUCGCGACUGGCGUACAAAAUGGAUCCAUUCCUUCAGGAAGACUACAAGACAUGGCUACCCGCCAACUCGCUGCAACGUAUUACGUUUUUGGAGACCAAGUAUCAUCACCGCCCAACGGCUACGGCCUCGUCAAGGAUUAUACAGUUGAUCAUGAACUCGUAGACGCCCGAGAUCCAUCGAAGAAACAAAGCCGUCUGCAGCAAGCAAUCGAAAGCCACGUACUUGUCAAGAAUACGAACUAUGCUCUUCCACUCCGCUCACCUAAGAUACUCUCUCUUUUUGGCUACGAUGGCACCGUUCAACCCACAAGUAACCCAGGAUCUGGUCUUCUUGGCCUUCUCUGGUCUCUCUAUGCUCAAGGUGUGAAUGCAACUGCUGACGACUUCAUCUCGAUUAUCUCUGGCACGCCGAUAGAAAUCCCACAGAUUGCUUCGAACGGUACCUACUUCUCAGCCACCGGAUCCGGCUCCAGCAUCGGGUCUUAUAUCUCUGACCCCUAUUCUGCCAUCUCCCAGCGUGCAUACGAGGACAACAUAUAUGUAUUACACGACUUUCAAUCCUUCACCCCCGAUGUUAGUGCUGCAAGUUCUGCGUGCUUAGUAUUCCUGAACGAUUUCAGCACAGAAUCAUCAGAUCGCGCUGGUCUGGCUGACCCUAGAUCUGACUCGCUUGUCACGCACGUUGCGGAUCGCUGUGCGAACACUAUCGUGGUCAUCCACAAUCCCUUCAUCCGCAUCCUCGACAGUUUUUACGACCAUCCCAACGUUACAGCAAUCCUACUCGCGCAUCUACCAGGCCAGGAUUCCGGUCGCGCUCUUACGCAGGUUUUGUUUGGCGACCAAAGCCCCUCCGGCAAGCUUCCAUACACAAUCGCGAAAAAUGCAUCUGAUUAUGGCCCACUCUUGAAUGCGAGUUACGUUCCCAUGGGCAACCCUCAAGUCAACCUUUCAGACCCAAGCGGCUUCGACUAUCGCUACUUCCAAGAGAAAAGCAUAGAGCCACGCGUGCCAUUCGGUUUCGGAUUGUCAUAUACAACAUUCUCGUACAGCUCCGCACAUAUCACAAGCAACGACUUCUCUUCUGCCCCCGCUUCGCCACCUAAUCCAACAGACACCAUACCAGGGGGGACAAAGAGCCUGUUUGACAGACUCGUUAGUGUGGCGGUCGAGGUUUCUAAUACUGGGAUUAUCUACGCAGCCGAGGUAGCACAGUUGUACGUGCAGUUUCCAGGCGAAAGCAUCCACGUGCUACGAGGGUUCCAGAAACAGGUCAUCAACUCUGGCGAGACGAGAACAUUCGCAAUGGAGUUGACGAGGCGUGACUUGAGUCGAUGGGAUGUGGUGAGCCAGCAAUGGGUGCUACCGAGCGGAACUACCAAGAUCAUGGUUGGGAGUAGCUCCGUGGACAUCGUAAGCACAGUUGAGCUCGUAAGACAGUGAAGUUACAUGCGUAGAACUGAUGUACAGAGAAUGGUCUGUUUAACAUACAAUUUGGACAUAAGCCUUCGCUAUCCAUGUAAUUUGGGGUUACUACUGUCUACUUGAAGCGCCAUCCCCGUCCUCGCCGACUUGAGAGCAUCAUGUAGAAGCGCACGAAGCCUCUCCAUCUACUCGUUGAACUCAGACGUGUUAUUGUGAUACACCACAUUACUUUUAUGUCUGCGGUCUUCCAUGUCAAAAAACUCUAUAUGAAGGUUCUAUCAUCAAAUAAAAGGUUCUAUACUAAUACAUUUAAGAAACAAAG